AUGAAGUUCAAAAUCAUUCAUAUUAUUCCAUGCAUUGCAAUCGUUAUUUCAAUAUAUGUUCACUUGAAUUUAGCGUCUUUACGAAGAAUUGAUAAAGUGCGUUAUACAAAUUCAUCUAGAUAUGCUUUUGCAACAGUAACAACUCCUGCAUUUUGCAUGGGAGCAGUUGUUUUAGGAUAUACGCUUAGAAAAUACAAUGGAAAUGACUAUUCAUACCUAUGUUUAGUUACAAAGGAUGUAAAUUCUAAAUGGAGAAGAAUAUUAUCUCAAUGGUGGCGAGUAGAGCAAGUUAAUGAUGCUAAACCAUAUUUGUGGUUUAGAAGAUCUUGGAUUAAACUGGAAUUAUGGACAUUUACUGAAUAUGAAAAAAUUGUAUAUUUAGAUACAGAUACUUUACCAACGCAAAGAAUAGAUGAACUAUUUAAUCAUUCAGAAUUAUCAUGUGUUUCGGAUCCAAUGCCGCCACAGAUCUGCAAUACAGGAUUAUUAGUUUUAGAGCCGAAUUUAACGACUUUCAAACAUAUGAAGAAGCUCUCUAAGGAUUUGUAUGCCAAUAACCCACCUGGUGAUCAAGGAUUUAUCAAUUUCUUUUUUGGGCAAUUUAAUCCUCUUCCAACUCUCUAUAAUGUACCAAGACUAUUUGAUACCAACUUUGAAUUCCUUUAUGAGCAAAAAUUGAUUAAAGUUGUCCACUUUGUCUGUAAAAAACCAUGGAAAUGUGGAAGAGAAGGUGUAGAAACAUGCGGAUGCGGUAUGUAUUCCCUAAACCAAGUUUGGUGGGAUAUAUGGGAUGAAGCAUGCAAAGGGCAUGAAUGUUGGGAAUUUUGGGGAGAAUAA